GUCGUUUCGCCUUCAUUGUGCCGAGUACUUGGUCGUAUGGAGUCACACUUGCCUCUCCACCCAAGACGCGCCUGAGCAUCGACUGCCAUUGGACGUGGUGUGAUGCACCCUCUCACAGCAAGUGGGAUGGCACUGGAUCAUUCCGGUGCCUUUGUCAGUCUGUGCUGCGGUGUUGCCCACAACAGGAUGCUCCAUGUUUUAUGGACUGGUUGUCUUUGUCUCCUCUCGGUUGUGAAUCUUGUUUCCGCCUAUGUGUUCCUCCCUUCUAUCGGUCCCACACUUGCUCGGUCGACUGUUGAACACCAAGCGGUUACCGUCCUCUCCCUUUCCUCCAUUGGGAAAUUAAUGCAGGGCUGGCCACCUUGGUGUCUUUCAGCUUUCCGCAUCUGACCAAGCAUGACUGUUGUCUUGGAUUUCAGUCGCGGUACCAUUCGGCUUUGUAUCUCCGCCUGUAGCUGACUGAUGAUCAUGGGACGGCAACGCUCCUGUGCUGUCCAUGUUUCUAGUCCUAUCGACCUUUGACAAUAUCCUCUGUCUUCUCCCUCCCCUCUGCCUCCCUUGUAUCAAGGGGCAGUACUAUCUCCGGUGGUCUGUAUCGGCCUGCUAGAGAAGCAGGCUGUUGUGAGCCGCCGGAUAUCCCCUCCUGCUCUGCUCUGCUCUGUGUUUCUCGCCCUCCCCCUGAGCCGCAUGCCACAACUCCAGCCCAUAUUGCUCUCAGCGUAUGGCGCUAUCAUCCUCGUUUUCCCCCCAGUUGCACAUAUUGCCCUCUUGGAUAUAUGAGUCUAGCGGUAUGGGUUUUGUUGGCUAGCAUUGUCGGAACUAAGGUACAAAUAACAUAAGUUAGCGUGCCUGAAAGUUUACUCCCUUCAACAUCCCAACCUUCAUUCAUGUGACAUCUCCCGUCCACAGUGCUACAUCACUCGGACGUUUGUACCCCGACAUCCACCAUACCCGCUAGUGACAAGCCGCCCUGCCGAAACAUGGUGACCGGGAAAAGAGGGUAGACGACGGCCAACAUUCGCUUUGAGGGAAAACCUAAAGUUAAUUAAAGGAUAUUGAGCCUUGAAUCGCUCUUGAGAGAGGCACACUUUUCCUCCCACCUCCGACACCUCGCGCCCUCUUGGCCGCCCUCUCGAUCGCAGCUGGCACGACAAUCAACCAUCUAAUCAAUCAAGAAAACUAUGUCGCCGUUCACGUUCUCCGCUGGGACGAUAACUCCACACCGACUGAGGAAGAGGAGCACGUCGCCUAAGGAGCCGAGGCAGCGUGUGCGACAGUCGGAGACGCCGUCGGGUAUCCCUAGGCUGAGGAGACAGGAAUCAACACCUUCGAUUGAACGAGUUGACACGAGCUCGCCUACUAAAACGACACGCGCACAGACGCCUGUGUCAACACGCGUCAAGAGGCCAAGCACGGCUCCUUGCCAACCUCCCUCUUCCCAGCAACCCGAGGCAGCUGACAGUCUCCUCUCUCCCUCUACUUCCCUACCCACCUUCGACACGCUCGACUCUGCCACCCUCUCGCAGCUCGAACAGCUCUCGCUCGAACUCCUCGCCCUUACCGCAAGCACAGCCAGCACACCCCCAAGGCGGAAGAACAUACUCACUCGCAGCCCUAGAUUGGACAAUAUCGUCGAGGUAGACACGCCCCAGAGUGACAGGGGAGGAGUUGUGAUGCACGGUACGCCAUGUGCGAUGGAGACGAGGACCGCAGAGGACGUGUGGAGGGAAGUAGGCCGACUGGGAAGGGAACUCAAGGAGCUCGCUUGGUGA